GCUUUGUUUGCGUGUCAAUCCUCAUUUCUCUCUUAGCUCUCGCCUUGUUCGUUAUUUCAAUCGCACAGCAUGGGUGUUCCUUUUGAGGCUCUGAUCCCCUAUGGGAUCAUCGUUGGCAUGUUUGGCGUGACCGGCGUUGGUCUUACUGCUGUCAAGUGGCUCGGGAACGAGGGAAAGAAGGCCCGCUGGAACCGGGAUCUGUGGGACAGAGUAAUGAUGGAGAGAGAUUUGAGAAUCACAGGAACCUUGAGAGGCCAAUCAAGCAACGCCGAAGCCCCGAAGGGAUUCGAGCUUAGCAACCCAUGGAAGCUGGAAAAACGGAUCUACUAAGCCACUCCGAUCUGUUACAACCUAUGUCAUUUAUAUCGCCUCUUUGUUCGCCUGCAACUCUUUCAAUAAAUACCAUGC